CAUACCGGCUCCAGUAAUUACGGCCGCUUUUUUUUGUCGCGUUCUGUAAAUUACGACAGUUUAUUAUAUGGACAUAUAACCCAUAAAUCUUUUGGCUUAGCCCAUCUCCACUCAACAGUCCAAAAAAAAAAAAAUAAAUAAAAGAAAAGUAUAAUAAAAUGCGCCCAACAGAAGUGAAAAUUAAUAAUGCCCCUGAAGAUUGGAUUUCGUGCGUACGUUUUGGCCCAAAAACGAAUCAAUAUUUGAUAGCCUCUUCUUGGGAUGGAACUGUGCGUUUUUAUGACGUAGUAAACAAUACCAUGCGCCAUAAGUUUAUGCAAGACGACCCAGUCUUAGAUGUAACAUUUAUGGAUGUUGUUCAUGUUGUAAGUGGCUCCUUGGAUAAAAAUCUACGUUUAUAUGAUGUGAACACACAUACAGAAAACGUAGUCGGUGAUCAUGACGCGCCGAUACGUUGUGUGGAAUACGCUGAAUCGGUUAAUGGCAUUCUAACUGGCAGUUGGGAUAAGACCGUUAAGUUGUGGGAUAUGCGUGAAAAACAUUGCGUUGGCACUUAUGAGCAAUGCAAUGGCAAAGUUUAUUCAAUGUCGGUGAACGAAGAGAAAAUUGUAGUGGCGACUUCAGACCGCACAGUUCUAAUAUGGGAUCUACGUAAAAUGGAAGAGUAUAUGAUGAAACGUGAGUCAUCGCUGAAAUACCAAACACGUUGUAUUCGCUUGUUUCCCAACAAAGAGGGCUACGUAAUGUCUUCAAUUGAAGGUCGUGUGGCUGUCGAAUAUUUGGAUCCCGAUCCAGAAGUACAAAAACUAAAAUUUGCUUUCAAAUGUCAUCGUAAUAAACAAGGCACUACCGAACAUAUCUAUCCAGUUAAUGCAAUUAGUUUUCACAAUGUAUACAGCACUUUUGCGACAGGAGGAUCAGAUGGUUACGUUAAUAUUUGGGAUGGUUUCAAUAAGAAACGUCUAUGCCAAUUUCAUGAGUACGAUACUUCAAUAUCUUCGCUGAAUUUUAAUUACGAUGGCAGUACUUUAGCUAUAGCCUGUUCUUAUAUGGAUGAGUUAGAAGUACCACCCGCCAACAUGCCGAGUCCAGCUAUUUAUGUGCGUUAUGUUACUGAUCAAGAAACUAAACAAAAAUAAAAAAACCAUCUUUAUGCUACGUAGGUAUUAC